UGGUCGCAACUACAUUUAAUCUUCGUUUAAUUCUGUCGAGUUGAUAGAAAUUCAUCGCGUUCAUUAUAACGCUGUAUUUAAAUUGUGUCUAAUUACUUCAUUGUAUUGCCAGAAAAUACAAACUUACUUAACCUGUCGCGUAGACCGGCAUCGUCGGGAAUUGUAGUUCUUUGCUGAAAACGUCAUCAGUAGGUCAUGCAGUAGCUACUAGCAACUCCUCGCAACAGAGAAAGCUGGGCAUGGCUGGUGUGAGGACGGAUGAGGAUUUAGUUUCGGAGUACCUGGCCCAGAACCGGGAGGUGGCCCAGUGGGUCGACACUUUGAGAGGCUACUGUGAGAACAACAAACAGUGGUUAGCUCGCAGAGAGUUCAUCCUAAGAAACAUGGACGCAUACCCAACAGUGAAACCUGGAGUCUCCAACAGCAGUUUGGACAGGCUGCUGUCCCUCUCCAUGGUCUGGGCUAAUCAUGUUUUCCUUGGCUGCAGCUAUCCUGAGGCAGUCAUGGAGAAGAUCAAGGUGAUGGGUGAAGGAAUAGUUGUCCCAGACCCUCCUCUUCAUAAAACGACACGCACAGAAAAGUGCAGUACCUCAUCAGGAGCUCCCGAUGACAGCUGCGCAAAAAGAGCCAGAUUGGCUCCUAAUGAGCCCGACGGUCGACCGGCAGGGAAAACAUCCAACCGACCUAUGAGUCAGAAAUCCGGGCCGCCUCUGCAGGCGCCGGCCGAGCACCAGCCUUUCUUCAACCGCCUCUACAAGGCUGUGGCUUGGAAGUUGGUGUCGGCGGGGGGCUUCGGGCCCAACUUGGACCAUUUCGAAAUACUUUGUAGCUGCGUGGAGUCCUGCAAACAGACUCUGACGUGCGUCUUCGUGCCGCUUAAGGACAUCACGGGCCUCCCCACGGGUCGCACACAGAAGGAAGGUCACGUGUGCGAAAUUCGUUGCCAGACUGUCUACUUGGGCACCGGCUACGGGCGUGACGAAGCCGCCGCACGAGCCAUGGCUUCCAAGGAGGCCCUGAAAGUGUUUCAAGGUCGAAAAGUGACAGUGAAGAUCGCCAGAAGACGCUACAAAGGGAGGGACGUAGAGGAUUUAUUGUUGUUGGACGAGCAGCCCCGGAAUCAAGGAUUCCCUCCCGCGCUCAGCUACCCUUUUCAGGAGGAGUGUGCAGGGAACCCCUCUUAGUAGACUGUGCAAACUUGUGAAUGCUGGAACAUUAGCGUCUACUGAAUGGAGCACGGUAGAAGAGUUGUGGGUUUGGGGACCACACCCUCGUGCUGCUUCUUGUCUCAUAUCAGCUUUGGAUGUCUUGGUUAUGAUUAGGAAGUAAAGUAAAAAAGACUCAUUGAGAGCAAGGAGGUUCACAUUGCGUUUUGUAGUGCACUUUUUUUUUUUUUUUUUUUUUUUGUAAAUAAGGCAUAGUUCACAGGUUGAUUUAAAGAUGGAAAUGAACUUGACUGCUUUGUGUUAAAAAGGAGGCUUGCUAGCAAAUUUACUUUCCACACAAACCUGCGGAGGAUAUUUAUGUUCAAGGAAUCCAUUCUAGGCCCAACCCCACCCACACACACACAUUUGUGUUUGAUUAAUAUCCCUGUAAGGGGGGGGGGGAAGUUUCCAGUGUGUCAGGGUCAGCAAACGCGGAAAUAAAGUUCACCUCAGAACAAACAACAAAGAACCGAGGGAUGAGUUUAAGGGUUUAUUGUAGACAAAACAAAAGACGUGAUAGCGGAAAAGUGGGGAAAUAACAAAACGGCUCCAUGACAGAAGGUCGACCGGGAUCAAUACUAUAAACGUGAGGGUAAACCAAGGUGGUAGGCAGAAAGCCAAUAAAACAACUAGAAAUACACUCAAAUCCAGAAGGUAGAGGAAGUUUGACUGUUAGAUAAUUUACAUUGAUAUGGUUUGAUUUCAUGGCAUCUGGCUUAUAUUUUUCAAAGCAUAUUCAUUUGCUUAGGUUGUUGAAACUAUUGUACUUGCUGUUUGUGCAAUGUAUUCUUAUACAUACUGCUUGCUCUUUUACGAUGCGGUCAUUUUUUGUAAUAAUGCAUAUAGCCGGGGUGAACCAUUUUGUUAAAAAUCAAUAAUACGAUUGUUCUUGAGUGCUGUAACUAGUUUCAAAUUGAUUUAUUUGAGUCACUAAGUGAAAAUUUUGGCAGGGUAAAUGUCACUCUCCAAUCUUAAUUGUAUUGUUAUUUUUCCCAGUCUCGACUAAUCAGCAGGGUUAUAUGGGGGGGCAGUUGUCACACAUUCACAACAUUGUGUUACUGUAAGUUUACAGCUCAAAAUUUUCGUUUUGAAUAAAUGUUAAACCUCAAACCUGUUUAUUGGUCUUGAAGAUGUAUGCUUCCUUUUGCUGUCCCAAGAAAGAAAUAUCACGUCAAGUUGCAAUUCAGUAGUGCAGCAAGAAUUAAUCGAUUAACUCGAGUAACUCGAUUAGAAAAAAGCUUGAAUCAAAUUUUGCUGCUUCGAGUAUUCUUUUAACUAGAGUGGCGUUGUAACGGUUUGUUUUGAAAGUGUUUGCAUUUAGUUUUAUUGAUUUGGGUGGAGACACUGCCCUCUAUUGGCAACAGUGAAUAUGACGUAAC